ACUCGAGCUGAACAUCGCGACCCGAUAAAAGGACUUCACCUGGCUGCUUAGUCUUCAAAAAGUCGUCUGCUAGUAGAUCACAAACAGGGGGGACUAGUUUCUUCUCUAACCUGGUGGAGAGUGACAGAAACUUAGAGAAACUUCAAGCCAGUGUAUUUCAUUUCUUUUUUGGAAACUUCUUUUUAGUGAAAUUAGUCUACGGACAAAUGGUUCAUUUUUGUGAGUGCUAUCUUCAAUUUCCAAUUCAUAAUAUAUCGUCUGCUGUUCAGCAGUUGGACUUAGUUGGAGUUACCUCCCGAAAGCUUCAUCAAAACUUCAGCGUUAUCAGAAACAGUAUGAUUAAGAAAGUAACUUGAACAAAGUGAGAUUUGUACUUUUGAAGCCAUUUCAAGUAGUUCGCUGUGGCAAUAUACAGCCUUAGCAAGAUCGCCAUUUCAAAUUAUUGUUUGUACCUGAGAGCCCAAGAACAGCCUCUUGAAGAUGCCUCUCGGAUUAUUUAAUAAGAAAGACAGGAUGCUGAAAGAAAAGAGCAAGAGUACAUUCGAUCUGUUCCACACCAGUGAGAAGCUUCAAGUACCAGAGAGAAAGUUGUUGAAGAAGAAGAGCGGAAGCACUUUGAAUCUCUUUGCCACAAAAUCUUCCAACACCCUGCAGGAGAUCUCAACUUCCCCAAGCCCUCCGGACAUUGUCGAAGGAUUGACCAAAGCUGACAAAACCAAGAGCAAAAGUCUCUUUCACUUAAGCGAGUCGGUCAAGAUUAGGAGCAAAAGCUCACAGAAUCUCAUGGAUAGCAACAACAAUAGCCUGGCGCAGUUCAAAGAGAAAGUUCGAUUAUCUACGCCUGUCAGCCCAUUCCGGAAAAUCAGCACGGGUAGCAGCAGCAGUAGAUCAAGCAGUAGCUCGGAUGACGGCGUGGUCGGAAAGAGCAAAAGCAAAGUCAGCACGCCUUCAAAACUUCGCUCGUCCAAAAAACGUGCUCUUGGUGCCAGCACUGAAAGUAUAGAAAGCACUAGGGAGAAGCGAAUGGCAGACAUCGUUCAGCUUGAUAAUUACAUCGAGUACCUGAAGAAGUCGGAUGAUUGUAGCAUCGUCAACAUCUCAAACCGUCUAUGCUGCGCCCAGGUCCUCAGACUGGUGCUCUUGAGACAGCAGCGUAUGCUGGACAAUGACGUCCACCACACCAGCGCCCAGGAGAGAAAUGCGUUCAUCAACUACAGGAACAACUUGAAAAGCAACGCCGACAGAAACCCAGCGGUUCUCAGCUCUGACCAAAGCCCUCCACUCAACAAUGACAAUUCUGCUCGCACGCUGGACAAUGCCCCGCUCGACAACAGAAACCAGUGGUCAGCUGAGCAUAGCAGCAGCCCCGCGAGCUCACCAGAAAGCCAGCGCGGGGAUCGCCUCUUCACUCGCAAGGGAAGCAACAGGAAGUUUAAGCGAACCCCACCUGGCCAGUCCGAUUUCCACAAAAACCUGGCUCGUAGUAAUAUCAACAGUUACCAUAGCGACACCAGUCUUCACGAAGAUGACGAAACAAACAGCACCGAUGAAAACCUGAGCAAGAAGUGGAACUCCAUGUCAUCGACAAGCCUUGCAGAUAGUACUUGUGAUCUGAGCCCCAGCGUGGGUCAAAAUGUCGAUGAAGUCCCAACUAGUCAGCACAAAAAUCAGCCGCUAUCCAUAGCAGUAUUCUCCAGUGAUGUGGAAAUCUAUUGACGAACAGAUUUUCUUAAGACGGAAUCCUUGCAAAUAGAUCUAUUUGCAAGCACGUAUAGAAAACAAAUCAAAGCAAAACGUGAGUCUUAAUAUUUUAAUGAGACAAAGUAUUUCUUUUUUUUCAAAGUGAGUGUCUUUCCAUUAUUUUGUGACUUAGCUUGUAGAUUGAAAUCCAAUGACAUGUAUUUUGAAUGCUUAUUUAUUCUAGUAUCUAAACAUGGAUCUAUGCAUUAUAAGAUUCAUGUUUGAACAAAGAGCUUACACUAUUUAAUGUAUAUUAGUAUUAUGAUUUGUAUGAUUUUACCAUCAUUAUCAAUGUUCAUGUAUUUAUAAAUCAUUCAGUUCUUGUAUUACAUAGACACACGAAGUUAUGAUCCUAAUACCUUGUUUUUUUUUCCAGAUAGAUUUUAAUAUCAUUUGCUAGUUAUGCUAAUGUAAUCUAGUUAAUUUAUUAUUAUUAUUAGUUAAUUUAUUUAUUGAGGCUGUAUUCUAUUCAUAUGAUGUACAUGUAGAGUUGUAUUCUUAUCAAAAACUCGGAAGGCGUUUGUAGUAUUUACUUUAAAAUUUUGUGUACUUUACACUAAACAGAGCUUUUGCUAUGUGUCCUCGGUAAUGUAUAUAGAUGCUUUGAUAUUGUGCCAACCCCAAUGUCAUAUGUGUAGUAUUUAUUGCCAACUACUAUUGUAUGCAUGAGAUAACUUACAAAGCUAUUGAUGUACAGGAUUGUGUGUCAGAGUUGCGCUGUGCAGUGAUAACAUUACCAUUUACCCGAAGUCUUUCAAAAAAACUCCACACCAUUUUUUAUGUUGUACAUUCAACGAGUCCAUUCAUUCAUAGUUGGCAAUAUCAUUCUCUGUGUUCAUUCUUUUAUGUUAACAUGUUUAGAAAAUUAGCUCUUUUUUUUUUUUUUUUUCAAAUAAUAUAUGUUUUAAUUGAAAUUUUUUUAAGAUUUAAAAAUACUUUAACAUUUUUACUGGGAUAAUAAGUGAGGAUUAACAAAUUUGAAUGUAAAUACAUAAGAUUAUGUUAAAUAUUAUUUUUAUUAGACAAUACUAGAUACAAGUGCAUGUAUUUGUCAGAUUUUUAUGCAACUGUUUGUGUAACAAUUAUAUGAAGAAAUUGGCCACAAUAUGUGUUGUUUUUUAAUGAGAUAUUUAAGUAUUAAUAAGCACUGACAUUUGUAAGAAUAGAAACUUUUGUAAUGAAUGUAGCUAAUUAUCAUUUCUUUUUUAAAACAAGCCAAUGAAAUUUUUUUUUAUCUCUAGAUGCAGAUCGUUAACAAAUAGUCUUGAGUCAAUACAAAAAAGCAAAGGUUAAAAAAAACAAUGUUGGAUACUAGAUCUCGUCGAUUGAUUAUUUUAUAGUGUGGCAGGUUGUACCAAAGAAAAAUAAGGUGGCAUGUAGAGGGAGAUUAUUAAUUUUCUGUGUUUUGUGAGCUCUUGAUGUCUUAAUAAAAUUUGAAUCAAUCAGAUAAUAA